CGCUAUGCAAUCCGUUGCUCACAAAAUCCUGAAGAAUCUUCGCGCCUCGAUCAUAGUAUUCGUUGCGACGCUGUGCGAGAACAUUCUCGCUCUGGCACACACCAUCGCCUUGUCUCUCGGCCUCAUUCGAAAACCCCUGCACCUCCAGGCCCACCCGUAUAGUCCCGCUGGCAAGGGGGACGCACGAUCCCCUUGCCCAGCUCUGAACACUCUCGCCAACCACGGAUACUUGCCCCAUGACGGACGCGAGAUUACACCCCUGCAUCUCAUCCAGAGUUUGAUGCAGGGCUUCAACCUCUCGCCUUUCCUGGCAUGCUUCCUCACGUUCGGGUCCUUCUUCCUGAUGGGUCAAUGGAAGCACAUGUCGCUGAGCGACCUCUGCCGGCACAACUGUAUCGAGCAUGCUGCCUCCAUCGUGCACGGCGAUCCCAAGAAAUACGACCAAGACAGCUGGGCAGAAUACGCGCCCGCCCGAAUGAGCUUACGCCUCUGGGAGGAGCUCAAGGAGGACGUCAAGGAGAGCACGGACGACGGUUUCCUCGACUUGCAGGACGUAGCCAAAGCGCGGGUCAGACGGGAGGAAGAGGACCAGUGUCCGCUCGAUAAGAUGCAUGCGCACAUCGCGCGAGGGGAGAUCGGUUUGGUUCUCGAUAUCUUCGGGGGCCCGAGUCGCCGCGUACCGAUGAAGUGGCUGGAGGAUUGGUGGAUGAACGAAGAAUUUCCUUCCGACUUCCAUCCGCGUCGCGUACAAACCUUCGCGAGGACGGCGGAGACAGGCCAGUUAGUAAAGAAGGAGAUGAAGCGCUUGCGUAAGGAACUGGGUCCUGAAGAGGGCGGGAAGGCGUGAAGGGAAUCCUCAAGCAAUUUAUUCACUUAACUGAUGAGAAUUAGUGUAUCACUCAGCAUAUGAUAAAACGC